CACCUGUAAUAGCUCAUAAUAAUCGAGUUUCUUAUCUGGGGGUCCGGCUGGAGGAUCGGUGCCCUUUCCGUUGGUCGUGGAGUGAAACUGGCCCAUGGGUCUUAAGAGCAAUCUCAAAAAGGAUGACACGGCAAAACUUUCCGCUCAAGUUCUCAGAGUACGCUUGGCGCUGAUUCACACACACCUGGGUGGCACGGAUAUGAGCGGCACAAACUUAUCAUAGCUAUAGGGCAGGCUUUACUUCGUUCCCACUGUUAUCUAUUGCUGUGCCACAUGCACCGGAAUGGUUCCAUCUCUUGACUGCUUCCCUGAAGAGUUGCUACGUUCCAUUCUCUGCUACUGCCCACCCUGUUCCACUGCCGCUCUAGAACAGACGGCUCGCCGGUUCCGCGGAGUAACAACAGAGCCUUUAUUAUGGCGUUUUUAUUGUCUAAGCCACUUCAAACAUUGGGCGCAGGAGCAUGAACUGCCGGAGAAACUCGCAGGCCCUAUCUCCGCAGUAGAUUGGAAAUCACUCUAUAUAUCAAGGCACCUGACGUAUCGAGCAACUUGCCAUCUUCUGGACAAUAUUCUUGCAAAUCAAACAGGGAGAAUCGACAAGAUUCGAAGGGUAAUAGGAUUCGGGUAUGAUGCCAAGGAUGCCCUCUUACACAAUCUUGAAGUAGAUUGUGAGGCAGAGGAUUACUUAGCAAGGAGGUACUAUGCGGAGGCGCUUUUGACUUGUCUCCAUCGAAGUCUCGCCGUGCGAGAAUGGGCUAGACUGAGAAAUGGUGAGGAGGUGUCUCUAGAUAGAGCACUAGGCGCAUUCGAUCUUUUCAUUCCGCGGAGCAACUUCGGGAGUUUGGAAGAGAUAAGCAAUGAGCUGGAUUCAAUCGCCUCGCUUAUGUCUCUCAACUAUCCAGGUAUACAGCAACUCGCGUCUCGUGAUAAGGCUAGGGCUAUUGCGAAGUUCCUAAGAGCGAAUAAUCUGACAGGCAUUGAUGCGGAGAAAGAAUACCAUUGCUUGGAGCAUAACUUUCUCGGCAUUGCUCUGAAUGACCCUCAACACAAUUCUCUUCCAUUGAUAUCUGCCACUAUCUAUUGUUCUAUUGCUCGACGGGUUGGCCUCGACGCCCGGCCCUGUGGGUUUCCUUUCCAUGUCCAUGUAAUAGUUAUGCCGCCCAUUGGUCAUGAUGUCGACGGCAAUGCAGUUGAAGUUGGGACGCAAGGAAGCCCAAUAUACAUGGACCCGUUCCGCUCAGAGAGGGAGACGCCAGUUACGGAUUUGGAAUACCAGCUGAACUUCUUAGGCGCUACUGCAGUUGAACAAGCGAACUUUCUAGGCGAAUCCCGCCCAUCAGAAAUCGUCCUUCGAUGCAGCAAGAAUAUCAUGAAUUCAGUGCAACAUAUGGCUCAGUUCCCAAAUAGGCGCCUGGAACCAGUGGACGUCGUGGGUGCCAAAUACGCUGCAAUUUGGUCUUCUAUGUUGCUUUCGGAUCUUGCUCGGCCAACGGAAAUAAGACAUAACCUGCUAUGGCUAAUGGAACUGCUUGCUACUGAAUUCCCAUCGGAUAUACACCUGGUUGAACAGUACGUCACGCCGCUGCUUCGUGGAAUGCCUGAAUAUGAGCAUAUUUUGGAGAGUCUCCAUGUGAUGAGGGCGGUAGACGAAAUACCAAAACAGGUCAAACGGCGCUUCUCUCAGCGGACGAAAAUCAAGUACCAGGUCGGGCAGGUUUUCAGGCAUCGUCGGUAUGAUUACCAAGCCAUCAUAACGGGCUGGGACACAGAAUGCGGAGCGGGGGAGCAAUGGAUGAGAAGGAUGGGAAUAGACCGCUUACAAGGUGGCAGGCACCAAAGUUUCUAUCAUGUAUUAGUCGAGGAUAAAAGUGUCCGUUACGUGGCCGAGGAAAACAUUGAGCUCAUGAAUCCCGAGUUUUCCGACUUGCCACCGACACUUGUUGCAGUAGCAGGGAAACAUUUCAAAAAAUGGGAUGAAGAAACCAGAACGUUUGUCAGUAACAUCAAGGAUGAGUAUCCAGAGGAUUAGUACAGGGAUUGGCGUGAUAUAAUCAAAGCCUGUGUGUAUAAGGGUGAACAUAGCUUAAAAUAUUUAAUAGUGUUACAGUAUACCCAGGAAUCCUUA